ACUUACGGCAAGGAAAGCCUUUAGCAGCAGCCAGUCAGCCAGCCAUUUUGGGCAUAAGCAGUGCUAAAGCCAAGUCAGUCGCUUAAGAGCCGUGAACGCAAGCGAACGCGUCGCGAACAAAAGCACCAAUUGUAUUGUGUAGCAUUGAAGUAUUGAAUCAACUAAGUGAAGUGAAGGGGAGUUAAGUGGAGGAAAGUGAGGGAAAGUGUAGUGUUUGUUAUGGCAAUCUGAAGAGUAAAUAAACAAGAAAAUACUAAAAUAACAAAGUCAAACAAAAGAAACACCAAAAGUUUGUCGAAAUUCAAAACAAUUAAGUGAAAUGCUUGAAGUAAUGGAAAGUAUUUGGAAAAUUGCAAAUUUGAUAUCAAAAGCAAUCAACUAGGAUAUGAAGGAUAUGCGCGCAUACACACGCACAUGCACACGCACAUGCACACUUCUAUGCUGGCUACUGUUUUGUAGGCAAUUGCAAGGCGCUGCAAUGCUUGAAAUAGUGAAUAUUUUACUUUUACCCAGAAAAGCUAUUUAGGUCAUAGCGAACUGGACCAAACGGCACGAGGCGCACAAGGAGAGGAGCUGAAAAACUAGUACGCGCGUGUGGAAAGUUGUUGAUAUGUAUGUAGCUCAAAUAACUGACAGGAAGUAAACGACGUGAAGUCAGUCAAUAAAAAGGGAAAACACACGGACAGCCAUACGUAUGUACAUAUUCAAUUUGAUUGAGCGAUAAAAGCGCGAAAUGACAAUUUAAUCAAAUGUCAAAACUUAAUUAAACAUAAAAUCAAUAAGCAGCGGCAGGCGCGUGGCUGACAACGGGCAAGAAGAAUAAAAAGCAGAAGAAGAAGAAGAAGAAGAGAAGGCAGUAGCUUGUUGGUGCAGAGAAGAGGAAGGAUAGGCGCGAGGGCAUUACAACAGCCUGGCGAGCAUUUCGAUUGAAUUCGAUUAGUUUUUUGUGGGUCAAUGAAAAGUGAAGGUUUCACAAAAACAAGUUAAACUAAAAUUACAGCAAUAACAACAAAAAGAAAGAAACAGUAAAAUCAAGUGAAAUUCACGGGUUUGAACUUACUGAAAGCGCUUCAGACUGCUUUAUUUCUUAAAAAGUACGGAAAAUGAAGAAAUAUUUUGCAAAACAAAAACAGCUAAGUCUACUAGUGUAGAAAAUUGAAGAACGCAACCACUUUGAGCCAAGAAAGAAUGCAGUUCUAAACCGUAGAAAUCACAAGCAAACGAAAUGGGCUAACAAAAAUUCUAAAAACAACAACUCAACUAACAAAGUGCGCCACAAGUAGCUAGAAGAAACUCUACAUUCUUGAAACGUAUCACAGCAGCAGUUGCUUAUUUGCUCGAAAAGUUGCAAAAAAUCGUUGGCUACGAAACGAAAUAAAAACAAACGACCAUAAACCACAACAACAAUCACCUUAGCCAAUUUCCCAACCACCAGUGCAGCCCACAAACCAAAGCAAUUGCAAGCAAAACGCAAGCGCCAAUCCAUUUCCGUGUAGGCUGAAGCACACGGCUGGCUGCAAUAGCCAGAACUGCUGAAAGAUGGAAGCCACCCCGAAGGUGCAUCGUCAUCGUCACCGACGUUCGGAUUCGCGUCAUCAUCGGCACGAGCGUCAGAGCAGCAACAGUAAUAGCAAUGGCCAGCAGCAGCAGCAGCUCAGACAGAGCAGAAACAUUACUACAACAAUCACACCAACAACAGCAACAACGACAGCGACAACAACUCUUGCAGCGGAUGCGGUAACGACGAUACCAACGCACAAUGCACAACCCAGCAACCAGCAGCUACAACAAUCGCCAACAUCACUACAGCUAACGCAUUCAAACGCAAUUCACUCGCCAGUGCGUGAGCGUCGUGGUCAGGCGCGGACAACAGCAGGCAGUUCGCAGAGCGUGGCAGUGGGAAAUACCGCGACCGCCACCGGAACCACCACCACCAUCGCUGGAGCUGAGGCACAAACUUCAAUUACAAUUGAAAUUCCCACAGCGCUCACACAAUUCGCGGACGAGCGGGAUGCAGAAGAUAGCCUGAGCGGCGGCGAUGGCGGCAUGGAUGGCAACUGCGCUGGCAUCAGUGUCACCACAGUGCAUGAACGACGUGCGAUUUCCACAGAAGCAGGGGAUCCGUUGGCCGCCACUUCUGUGAGUCAGUCGUCGACCAUAUCGCAGCCUACAGUUUUGCUUGUAAAUGGUCAUUCUCCGCCGCCGCAGGAGGGCGAUGACGGCGACGACUUUACGCAGGCGUCCAAAGCGAUGACGGUGUGCGGUUCGAGCACAGACGUUGGCGUUGCUGGCGCGAAGGAAGAAGCCAAUACACAGUUAGAGUCGCCUACGGCAGCACAUCCCAAUGGAGGUGGGGGCGGCGGCGGCGGCGGCGGUGGCAGCAGUCGCAACUCAUCCGGUGAUGCACUUAGCUUACGCGAAACGCUACAGCAGCUACCUCCUACACUAACACACGGUCAUCGUCAUCGACGCACACAUUCACCACAAUCGCCGGCGAGACGGACGCAGGAAGUGGACGCUUCGUUUCAUCGCGGCAUUUUGGGUUUCAUGGAUCGUGAAUUGAAGCACAGCUCGCCAACGCCGUCAGCGCUGAGUGUGGGUAGUGGUAGCGCAGCAAGCGGUGGCGGGGGCGGUAGCGGUACAGUGCGUAAGUUGCAGUCAUUAUCCGAUCCACAGGCGAGUCCCGCACAACGGUCGGUACGUUCACGCAGCAGUUUGGAGAAGAGUCCACGUCGCAAGCGUAGCAAAUCGGAAUCGCGUAGGCGGCGCGAACGUAAACUUAUCGCCGCUGGUGAAAUGGAAGUGCGACAAGCGAACGAAACUUUAAUGCGAUAUUUGAAGCAGUGUUCAGAGAUGAAUGACGCCUCACUGUCGGGCGAGUUGGAAAUCGAUCAGAACUUCGAUGAACGACGGGUGCAUAGGAAGACAAAAUCGCAACGGGAUAAGCGUGGGCAUUUGAUAAGCAAACUUUACUCAGCUGGUGGCCUCUCUUCCAUAUUGCGCGAGCUUUCCGAUGACAUUAUACCCGCAGAUGGUGAGGAAAUUUACAAUCCAUUCACACCGGUUGUCUCCCCCACCGAGGAGGAUACGCCCGCACACAUUGACAAAAUGUUCCUGCAGACGUCAUCGGGAUAUCGACCAGUUGAGCACUGCUACUAUAAACAUUCGUUUGUAGGCGUAGGGGCAGCAGGUGGCAGCAGCGGUGGUGGAGGCGGUAGUAGUGGUAGCGGAAUAGCUGGUGGUGCAGGUGGCACUGCUGGCGGUGGUAGUGGGCGCUAUGGCAUAGUUGGUGGUGCACAUCGAUUGUCAGCCGCGGGCGGCAGCUUGGCUGGUGGUAUGGAACAUGCGGGCAUGUUGCGGGCGAGCGGUAGUUUUGGCGAUACGCGUUGCCUACUCGAUGCCGAGUGUGGAAGGCAUCAUCGUGAGAUCACGUCGAACAUACAGCUGGCCUGCGUCAUUCAACGAAUUUGGAUACUCAUCUCGAAUAUCUGCCAUGGUUUGCUAGCUGGUCUAGCUUUGGCUCAUUUGUUGUUCGUGUUAAGCAGUCAUCCGAUGGAUUGGUCGCGGGUACUUAGUCUUGCGGGCGAGACUGUAUGUAAGGCACAGGCGGCGACGUCGACAACGGCUUCGUCGGUGGUAGACGGAGGUGGCGGUGGUGGUGGCGGUGUUGGUGCAGACGCUGGCAGUGAUAAACUAAUGUUAAGUGGCUCUCAGCAAACAUUCAGCUUCGUGAAGGAUUAUGCCACUUUUGCUGAGAUCUAUCUAAAUACAUUCUACUGUUUGGCAAUCAUAUGCAUGGUUUCGGUUUUCGAUCGCAUGGAUAUUUGCCACUGGAACUUCAGCAACGCCUCAGAGUUGGUCUCAUUUCGUUGGUUAAUCAUUGCAAUGAUUUAUAUAGCGACAAUAAUAUUAACAAUCUGCUCCGAUUCAAUUGAUGAACGACUCUAUUUCAAUAACAAUGCGAAUGUGACGCUAACACAAGAAGAAUUGUAUAGCAACAGCGUGUUGAGUGUAUGGAGUAGUUUGUCGGUGACGCGCAGCAUCGGCGCCAUCUGUGGUUGGAUAAUGAUCGGCUUGGCGCCGCACGAAGAUCUACUUUACGAGCAUUUGCUGGAUCUAACCAAAUUCCAAGUGACAAAUAAUUGAAUGUAAAGAAGAGAAUGCGAAGGAAGAAGGUGCAAUGAAAACGAGAGGCAAUACUAAAUAUUAGUUAAGUAAAAUAAAAAUAUAUGAAAAAAAUGUACAGUUAGGUUAAAAAGUAUAAGAACUAUAUAUACAAAAAAAACGAACUUCAAAUAUUAGUAAAAAAGCAACAAACCCAAUUUGGGAGAGAUAUGAACAUUUAAAAAUGUUUGCUUUAAAAAUGGAAAAUUAUGAAAUGGAAGUUAUGAAAACACGCCUAUAAAUUAAUGCUAAGCUUUGUUUAUAGUUUGCGAAAUAAGGGCGCAAAAAAGUUGUUGCUCAACUACUUAGUAUUAAGCAUUUUUGUUACUUUUUUCGAAAUUUGCUAUCAAAUACCAAAUACCUGCGUUGCUUAAGUAUGUGUAUGCAUAUGUAUUGUAGAUAAAUGUACUCUAGUUUUUCUUGUAACUAAAAUUUCAUUUUUAAAAAAUUUAUUUAUUUGUAACCUAUUUACUAGCAAAAUUAUAUAUGCAAUUAAGGCUUUAAAAUAUCAUAUAGAUUUAUGUGAAAAUUAUUUAACCAAUAUACAUAUAUAAUCGAAAUGGAAAAUUUGUGAAAUUAAAACUUAGUACCAUGUAAGCCCUUCAAAGGCCGCUAGAAUCAACCGAAACCAAAAAAAAUUACCCAAAUACGAAAUUGAAAAUUUUCGAGUAACCAAAAAAGUUAAAAAAUAAACUAAAAAAAAAAAACAUAAGCAUAAUUUAGCAGUUAGGCUUAGCAGCAAAAAAGCAUACAAGAAAUUAUUGUUACGAAUAUGUGUAUGUGCAUAAUAUACAUACAUACAUAUGCAUAUUUAUGUGAGUGUGUUUUGUAGUAAGAAGCACCGUUAGUUAAAUUUGCGUUUAAUGUUGUUUAUUAAAAUUGUUUGUGCGCAAAUUUUUUCACUGCAAACAUAUAAUAAAAAAAAGCAACUCAAGUACAGUUAUAGUUUAGAAAAAUAUGUAUAUGAAUUUGUUUUUUUUCCAUUACCUACUAAAAUAUAUAAAAAAACGCAAAGAAUUUAAAUACUCAGUUAAAAUUUGCUAAAUCGUAACUAGAAAUUAUAGAAAAUACAUAUUUGUAUAGCAAGUUGCAAAAAUGUUUGUGAUUUUUUGACCAGCUUCGAGAGUUCUUUUGUAAAUUUUACAGUUUUAUAUGCAGCCUACUUUCCCAGGAUAAAAAGAUAAUAACAACAACACUUAGAUGUGACUAUGGAUACUUUGUGUGUAGAAAUUGUUUACGUGCUUUGUAAUAAAACCAACACAAAUAGUUAUAAACAUGCAUACAUAUACAUAUAUACGACAUAUGCCUAUAUAGAUAACGAAAAAACGAAUAAAAAAAUAAGUGUGUAGGAUUAAAUAUAUAUAGAUACAUAUACGUACAUAUAUGAGAGAACUAGAAAAAAAAAUUGACGAAUAUUGCGCAUGAUUUUGUUUAAGUGGUUCUUUGCCAGCAACAAUACGAAAAUGUGAAAUAUUUUUUUUUUUUUUUAUAUACGAGGCGCUGCUGAUAAGUUCAAAGCUGAGUAUGGUUAAAUAUUUUUUACUUUUCAUUGUAUUUCAACUGAAGCGAAAUGCACUUUUAAAAUCGUGAAUGUAUAUACUGGUAAAAUGAUUUUUCACGGCCGCUUUCAUCUCAAUGUCGCCGCGACAUCUUUGUCCGCGUAAAUCCUUUUCAAAUUUGA